AUGCAGCUACAGGGUACCAUUACCAAGACAUUACCCAGCACUAGGACAGUUCAUUCUCAGACACCAACUGACCAAGAAGUAACAGUCAGAAACAUAUCGCCUAAAGAUGAUUUGAGAAGAAGACUAAUUGAGGAAUUAGAUCCAGAUGACUCCGUCAGUCAAGCCGGCUCAAACGUAUCUUUUAAGGAGCGACAGUUAGAAGAAGAAGCUAGACAGGUUGCUUUGAAGGAAAGGCUGAAGUACCUUACAGCGCAGCAAGAAAUAGAAGAGCAACAGAUACGUUUAGAGCAGAGAAGAAAGCGGCUCUUGUUAGAAUCAGAACUGAAUGAAAGCAAGAAAAGGGAAGAAAUCUUUAGGAAAGCAAUGGGAGGUGAAGAUACUACUAAGAAGGAGUCAGACAGCAGCUAUAGCCAUGAUGUUGUGAGGGCCUUAGAGAAGUUGAGCCUGAGUAGAUUACCGAUUCCAGAGCCACCUGUAUUUGAGGGAAAUUAUCUAACAUAUGUAACAUGGCGACUAGCAUUCAAGACUCUAAUAGAAAGCAGAAAUAUCCCACCCAGUGAGAGGCUGUACUACCUAAAGAGGUACCUCAGAGGAGAAGCUAAAGAGACAGUGGAUCAUUUGUUUUACUUAGAUUCAGAAGAGGCUUACAUUGAAGCCCUUGAGAUACUUGAAGAUAGAUAUGGUGAUAAAUUUUUGAUAGCAGAGGCUUUCAGAGACAAAUUAGAAAAGUGGCCCAAGAUUAACAGUAGAGACAGUAAGGGACUUAGAAAACUAUCAGAUUUUCUCAGGCAGUGUUUAGCAGCAACAGAUCAUGUAGGAGAGUUGAAGAUCCUGGACGACUGUCGGGAAAAUAGGAAGUUACUUCAGAAACUACCUGAAUGGAUCACACGAAGAUGGGCCUGAAUUGUCGAAGAAUCACAAGGUUUCCCAGGCUUCAAGAGGUUUGUAGAGUUUGUAAAAAAGGAAUCCGACAUUGUAAACAACUCUGUUAUGAGACCAGCUAAAACUGCAUUUAGCAAGAAAACCCCCACUUCCACCAGCCUUAUGACGAAGACGAGCGAUCAAGCUAUACCAACGCCUCCUGUCACGAAAAAUGCCUGUACAUUCUGUGAGAAAAUAGGACACGACAUCAGAGAAUGCCGAAA